AUGGCCUCCUCUUGCAAAGAAAUCCCACUCGAAGUGUGGGAACGGCACAAGGACACAAUCUUGGGCCUUCGAUUCCAUGAAGGACUCCCGCUUGAUAGCGUCAAGACAAGCUCCAGGAAUGUCGUGCAGGUCAUGCGCGAUGAAUAUCAGUUUGAAGCCACGACGGCUCAGUACGAAGCACAACUCAAGAGAUGGAAAGCGGCCAAAUACCUUAAGAGACAUGAUUGGGAGGCGCUACUCCCAUUGUACUGUACGCUGGAACGGCAGGGCCUCAAACCACGCGUAAGGCUCGGCGACCAAAUUCUCGACCAAAAGAGAAUAGAGAAAGCCCGCCGCCGAUAUCUUCCAGUAAAAAGUAGGGUACCUCAAGAUAACCAGGAGUUGCUACCUUCGGCGCACACCCGUUUGUGGCGCCUAGAAAUCUGGCGACAUGGCCAAUUUUCGGAAUAUUCCGGCCAGGAAGGAGAGGCUACGAUUGCAGAUACUCUACCCACGGCAGUUUUAGGCCCUGGAGUUGCGAAUAUGGAUAUAGAGGAGCUUCCUCUGUCAGCUACUUUGUUGCCAGCACAGAGUGACCCAAUCUGGACGGCAAACCAGCUCGAAGCCAACACACCCAGCUCCCAGCUUACCAUCUUUCACCCGACUUUAUGUUCACCUCGACCGGACCCACAGACAUUGAGUCAGAUAACGAGCUAUUUCAUAACGGAGGGUAUCCUGUCCGACUCGCCAUUUGCUCAUCCUGAUGCGUCUGUUGCAUUAAGUCCGAGAAAUGCAGCAGAUGUUUUCACACUGGGGCCAAAAGUAGCACAUUACGAGCCGCAGUUGGUGUUGUCCGAUGAAUAUACACAGACCAUGCUCCGACAUCCAUCUCGAGAAACAAUCGGUCUCGCUUCUGAUACACUACUUCUACCACACUACAAUGGGAACAGUAGUAUCUACAGCUCUAUACCGCCCCUGGUUGCAUAUCAGGAUGAGCCCCGAUUUAUCCUCUCCGAUGAAAAUAUUGCGCUCAUGAUCCAAAACAUACUUCAAGAGCCCCCGGACAGUAUAUGCAUGGAUCUAGCGAAUACCACUAUUCAGACCGUAUCCGAGCAGCUUGAGUCGCUCCUGCGCGACGGUUUCUUCGAAGACGAAUGCCCUGACACUUCCGGCGCAGUUUCUAGGACCAUAUCAAUGUCCGAAAUCCACGGAAGAAUUCUCCUCUCAAUCGCCAAUAAUUUCGCGGGCCUAGAAGGCGUCCCCUGUGCUAUUAUUCUAGGUGUACUGAAGUCCUCGUCUGAGAUGACAGUAAACCUCCUGAAAUACCUCCAGUCUGGAAUAUUAAGUAUUUCCAAGCCCCUGGCUGACAAUCUAUUCCGUGCUGCCAUCGAAGCUGGCGAUUAUGGCGUGGUUAACACGAUUCUGGAAACCACCCGUGGCCAAGCCAACGAGAUCGACGUGAAUGGGAUUGUUUGUCAACUGCACGGCGAAACUUUUACUGCGCUUUCAUUGGCUUCUUAUUUGCACCAGCCUGCCAUUGUCCGCACGCUCAUUGAUUGCGGAGCCAAAGUUCACGUUUCUGGGGAUUCGGUCUCGAGAAGUUGCGCCUUGACUUCACUAUACCAAGAAUACCGCGUUGGAUGGGGAGAGAAAUCUCGGUGUCCUAAGAAUCCAGUAAAGGCUGUUGAGAUCGCAAAGCUAUUGUUGGACAACGAACCUAGUGCUGUUGUGAGAUUGCUCAAAGAUGCCUUUUUUACCACGCCUUGCCAGCUGCUUGAAGUAUUAGUUCAAGCCGUGCCCCCAGAGCACCAUCAUGAACUGUUUAUUCCAGAAAACCCUGAAACACACACAAUUUGUGGGCACUUAAUAUGGAGACUGGGUAGCAUCGCGGAAAAAUUGAGGCCACUGGUAGCAGUCAAGGUCAUCAAAGGCCUUUUGGCAGAGUGCAAGACCAUGGAAUGCGCACGAAACUGCGCGGAGAACAGUAGAAAGGAUCUCAAUCGACUUCUCACUCUAUCCAUUACAAAGGACAGCAUGGACCUUGCCAGUUACCUCCUGGAGCAUACUAGACCGACAAUGGGGAACCUUUCGGCUGCCAUUCGCGGCGGACAACAGAACAUGGUGAAGCUCAUGUUGGAGCAAGGUGCUAUUACUAAUGGGGAAGCCGUAUGCUUAGCGAACAUGUCCCAUCAAUACGACUAUACUGGUAAUUGCCGAUGGCCAACGACGCCACUAGCUGAGGCCAUAAGAACGCAAAACUGCGGUCUCAUUAGGCAUCUGGAGGAAAGGGGUGCACUGGAUAGAAUAUCUGACCCGUCCUUGCCUGAUUCACUAGCAGCAGUUAUCGCAACAGUGGAGGUGGGCAAUUUGCCGUAUCUCAAACAGCUUCUGGAACGAGCUCCACCCGGAAUUGAACUGAAAUAUGCUCUCGUAGAAGCAAUGGAGCUGAAACAUACCGAAAUUGCUGAUAGACUCAUGGUAUAUGUUGCUGAAGGCGAUGACGGGUCCCGACAUAGUGCGGAUCCAAUAUUGCGAUCGGCGCUAGAGAUACGCGACAAAGACCUGGUAUACAAGACAAUCAAGUAUUUUGGAACACCAGAUUUGAGCACUCUAUCCAUAGAGGCAGCUGUCCGUUGGGGGGAUGUGAAUAUUGUCAAAUGUUUAAUUGAACUGGAGCCGAGUUUCAUGGGGCUUACCGGCAGACCGGCACUUGACUUCGCGAUCAAAAACAACCACGUCGAGUUCGCGACUCUUUUUCUCGAUCGGGGUGCCCAGCCUAUUGGGCUUCAAGAAGCAAUAGAGGUUGGUAGUUCUGAAUUGGCACGGCUCUUACUGAAAUACGGCGCCAAUCCGGACAACGGGGACGCUUUCGCACUUGCUCUUCAUGCCCCUAACACGUCUUUGCUCAAAAUCCUAUCGGAGGCUUUCGCCUUGAGGUAUCCCGAUGGAAAAAAAGGGUUCGGCGGCAAGGCCUUGAUCACAACAUUUGAUGCUCGUGAUAGUUCAGCCCUGGAAUUCUUGAUUGGGUUAAACCUAGAUGUGAACAGCACUGCGACUCGGCCUGGUUCUGAUUAUGACUAUACUACCGCGUUGCUGUACGCUAUCGAAUCCUGCGGAAAAUAUGACCUGGUGGGCAAUAAAAUGAUCAGCCAGCUACUCAAGGCUGGUGCGAUGCGUGGCCGUCAGCCACUCCUCAUGGCUAUCAAGUCUAACAACAUACAGAUAGUGAAAUUACUCCUGGAUAGUGCGUUCGAUAUCAACCAACCAGCACAAGAGCGUUUAAGUCGCACGCCUCUGCAGCAGGCAUGCGAGAUAGGCAACUUCCAGAUGGUCGAGUACCUGGUCAAUCAAGGUGCAGAGGUCAAUGGUCCCCCGGCAGUAAAUGGUGGUGGGACUGCCCUUCAACUUGCAGCUAUCAACGGGAAUGUGAGAGUUGUUAGGCUUCUUUUGGGUAAAAAAGCCAAUAUCCAUGCUGAUCCAGCGUUAAUUCAUGGACGAACAGCUCUCGAAGGGGCUGCGGAACAUGGCCGGAUCAGUGUCCUUGAUAUUUUGCUUAAAAAAGGAGCCGACGGAUACAGUAAACAUGCUAUUGAAAAGGCAAAAUCGUUUGCAGAGAAGCAAAAGCAAAGGGGUUGCGAGGAGCGGCUCAAACAAGCCCUGUUCCGAGCUGGUGCAGGGGUCCGCGGUUCACUAUGUCUUUGA